AUGGGAGAGGAAAUUGCGGGAGAGCUGCGGCGGGCAGAGAGGUUUCUUAAGCUUGCGCUGGAUGAGGCAAAGCAAGGCUUUGGCCUGGACGACCCGCAUGUGGCUGCUGCAACUCAAAAUCUGGCAGAGCUGUACAGAGUUUCCCGCCAGUACGACCUGGCCGGGCCUCUUUAUGAACAGGCUUUGAAAAGCUUGCGCGGCACCUUCGGGGAGCUGGAUGUGAGGACUGCAGCAGCCCUGCACAAUGCAGCAGGCUUUUACCUGGAGACUGGCAAUGCUGAGAAGGCUCAGGAGUGCUACGAGAGCGCGCUGCAGGCCAAGAGGGCAGUUAUGGGCCCCGGCCACCCGUCUGUGUGCGACUCCCUGCUGCCCCUCGCGCGGCUGUUGAGGCGAAAAGGACGUUCCUCUGAGGCCCUGGCGAUGCUGCAGCAGCAGCUCCGCUUCCUGGAGGAUGCCGGCCUGGGCACCAGCAAAGGGGCGCUGAUGCUGCUGGGCCAGCAGGCGGCCUUCCACAAGGGGGACGGCCACGCGGACAGGGCGCGGCCGCCGCUGCAGAGGUGCUAUGACAUCGAGCGGGGGGUGGACCCCCAGAGCCUGACCACCGCCGGGGCCGCGGAGGCCCUCGCUGGCGUGCUGCAGGAUCUGGGGGAAUACGACGAGGCGCGGCGGCUGCUGGAGGAGAGCCUCAGCAUCCAGACGAUGAGGAGGAGGAAUGCGAUUCCUGCGGAUCAGAUGCUCAGGCUUGUGAACCUGGAAAUGAAGGUGGCCACGCCCGACAGCUUCCUGCGCGCGCACAACAUGGCGCAGCGCUGCUGUGACUCCGUGGAAAGCCUGAUCCAAAAGUAUGACGCCAUCACGGCCGGCCAGACGGGAUGGGUCGGCAGAUGGUUUGGACCCAAAGCAGCAUCGCAAGAACAGAUUGAGAAGACUUACAAGGCAGUGCCUGGCGCUGUGCACACACUGGCGCUGGCAUACAUGUCCCUAUCCGCGGCCCAGAUGGCACUGCGCCGCCCUGAGGAUGUGGAGGCCUCUCUGCAGAGAGGCGUGGAUGUCACGACAUGUGCACUGCUGCAGAGGGCGCACUUUCAAGCAGACUCUUCAAACAGCUCCCCAUCGGAAAGACAGCAUAAUGCGCAGGUUGAAGACAGAAUUUUGGACGACCGGCAAGCCUUCUUGGAACAGCUCCUGGAGGACGCGGCAAGAGCAGGUGAAGAAUACAAGAAGCAGAGAGCGGAGAGCAUCCGUCAGUGGCAGGAAGACUUGGCGAAGGUCAAGCAACUGAGAGAAACCAUCAAAGAAUUUCUGGCGCUCUCGAGAGAGCUCUCUGCAGCCAAAUAAGUGUUGCCAGCACAGUUAUGUUAUGUUAGUUGUGUUUGUCAGAACAUACUGAAUGAACCAAGCAAAUGGACUGCUGAACGAAAUGAGAACCAUCGGUAUCCCAAAGAUGCAAUUUUUCAGGUGC